GAGAAGAUGACAAAGUCGAGGUAGCAAACGGGUAAAAUUUCUCAACUUCGACAAAUCUCAACAGCAACAAGAAAGACAAGGACCAAGCAAGGCAAAGUUGAAAAACUAGAAUGUAAAUAAUUAAGUAAUUAUUAGGUUAUAUAUGUCUCAGGUCUGGUGAAUCGUUCGGCGAGUGGUUUCUUUCAAUUCUAAGUAUAACCUGAAUCUCUGCUUCGCUAAAAAGAAAUAAAGAAAAUACCAUCGUGACUACAGUGUGAUUUUUUCGAGCUUGCAGCAAUAUAGUGUAAAGUAUGUCCAAAGGAUGAGCUUGGAGCGGAAAGUGACCUAUAGCACAAACAUGAAAUCGAAAUGCAGUCCCAUUGUGAAAGUGUUUUUAGUGUUUUUAAUCAUUACAACCUGUCAGUGCCAGGAAGUGGAUGAGCGUUGUGAAAUUAAAGCAACAGGAGAGUCUGGCACGUGUAAGCUGUCAUUUAAUUGUCCCAGGGCUGAGGAACAAGCUAAAAAAGGAAUAGCACCCACAUUGUGCGGUUUUUAUCAACUAACCACACCUGUAGUCUGUUGCGAAAACACGAUAACCCCAGAGCCCAAUGACAAUUCGUUUUUAAAUAACGAUGAAUUUAUAUUUCCCGAAGAUCCUCCUUCAAGGAAUCAAGGAAACAGUGGCUCGAAUCACAACAGCAGGAAGAGUGAGCAAAAAUGUAACGAGUAUUCUAAGUAUAUAACAGGGGUAGUUGAAGUCAUUCCACUAGUAACACAUACAGAAGCAAUAAGUAUUAAUGUGACUAAAUGUUGGGAUAAUAGUUCUCCCCUUAUUGUUGGAGGAAUGCCAGCUUAUAAAGGAGAAUUUCCAUUUAUGGCUUUAAUUGGUUUCAUCUCUGAAGAUGGAGAUUUAAACUGGAGAUGCGGUGGAACGAUUGUAAGCGACAGAUGGAUCGUUACCGCUGCACAUUGCACUUAUUCAAGAGACGAAGGAGAACCAAGGAAAAUACGAUUAGGGGAAUUGGACUACACUAAAGAAGACCCUGAUAGAGUGGACUAUGAUGUAGACAGAAUUAUUUCACAUCCUCAGUACAAAUAUCCAGAAAAAUAUAACGACGUAGCUCUGAUAUCCACUAACAGAAAAAUUCGAUUUACACGGUACAUAAGGCCAGCGUGUCUGUAUACAAAACCAUCUAUUGAACAAAGUGUAGCUAUUGCUACAGGAUGGGGUAGAACAGAUUACGUAGGAGAAAACAGCAAUAAACUAAUGAAGGUAUCGCUUAAUAUCUAUCCCGUAAGUGAGUGCAAUAGGGUAUUCAAAAGUGACAAAACCCAAUUACCUAGAGGAAUUUUGAGAAGUAUGUUAUGUGUGGGAGAGCUUAAAGGCGGUAAGGACACCUGUUUGGGAGAUUCUGGUGGUCCUCUAGUAAUAACAGAUAAACAAAAUUGGUGCAAGUUUUACAUAAUUGGUGUGACAUCAUUUGGAAAACUUUGCGCUCAAGCAAAUACACCUGCAGUGUAUACUAAAAUUUCAGAAUAUGUGAGUUGGAUAGAACAGACUAUUUGGUAAAAUUAUUUAUAUAUUAUUAAGAUAUUUUUUAAAUAAAACACAUAAGUAAAACAAAAAGGAAU